UUGAUAUUUACUCCUUCCUAGCUUUUGUUAAAUAUGGCGGCCUCCUUGAAGUUUUUGUCUGCUAUUCCGUCAUCAGAAUGUUUUAUAUUUAUUCGGAAUGCAAACUGCAUUAAUAGGUCUAUAAAAAGUAAACCUUUGCGAUCAUUUUCCAGCUGUAAGAAUUUCUUCACAGAAAAAAUUUGUACAAGAAAAUUAAUAGUUGCCAGUUCUGUUGGUUUUGCGGGGGUCACUUUCGCAGUCCUUAAAAGUUGGGCGCCUGUGUGGCCGACUCUUGCAGCAGAGAGCAGACAGAAACCUGACUUCAAACCCUCGAAAAGCAUUCGGAUUGAGACAGAUAACUCAGGAUUGAAGCUGACUUUAUUUCAGUUUCAAACAUGCCCAUUCUGUUGCAAAGUUCGAGCUGUGCUAGAUUACUAUGGGUUGUCAUAUGACAUUGUGGAAGUCAAUUCUGUCACCAAAAAGCAGAUAAAGUGGUCUAACUACAAGAAAGUCCCAGUCCUUAUAGCAGAUGGCAUAGGUGAAUCUGGAUAUCUGCAACUCAAUGAUUCUUCCGUAAUUAUCAGUGUGUUAGAAUCCUGGAGAAAAGAUCCCUGCCAAUCACUACAAAAACUUCUUGAAUGCUAUGUAGUGAUAGAGAGUGAAGAAAAAGGAAAGAAAGUCUAUGAGUAUCCAAAUAAGUACUUUAUCAUGUUGAUGGAGAAAGAAGAUGCAUCUUCAAAUCCAGCACAACGCCAAGAAGAGCGUAAGUGGAGAAAGUGGGCUGAUGAUCACCUGGUCCACAUGCUGUCUCCGAAUGUGUAUCGCUCCCCAUCAGAAGCUCUGCAAGCAUUCCGAUAUUUUUCAGAAGUUGGAGAAUGGGAGAAAAACUUCUCCAGCCUAGAGAGAUGGAUUAUCAUUUGGACAGGGUCAACUGUCAUGUAUCUUUUGGGGAAAAUGUUGAAGAAAAAGUAUCAUUUAAAGGAUGAUGUCCGUGAAUCAUUGUAUGAUGCCUGUAGAGAAUGGAUGCUUGCUGUUGGCACAGACCGCAUAUUCAUGGGUGGAGACCAGCCAAACUUAGCCGACUUGGCAGUCUAUGGUGUGCUGAAUGCUAUAGAAGGUUGUCAAGCAUUUCAAGAUGUCCUUGAUUGCACCAACAUUGGACCCUGGUAUAGAGCUGUUCAGAAAAUGGUCAAUUCGCAUGCAGGUUCUCAUCCACUUAGCACCUAUGACAUUGCACAGUUUCCUUAGUCUGAGAGGUUUUUUUGAAUUGCUACUGUGGUCAGUGUAUAUUUCAGGAUAUUUUAAUGUUGCAAUGAACCAUUUGGGAUUCCUAGAGCUUACUUUUCUGAGCAAAUAUUAAAUUGUUUUGAGGACAUGGUAGGAUCGCUUGCAAACAUGAAACAGACAUUUUCAGCAUUUUGGCUGGUUUGUUAGGAAUGGAUAUGGCCCUUUAUUUGUUGUUUUUUGUUUUGUUAAUAUUACUGGGCUUCUUGAGUACAGCUAAUUCUUAAACAAUGUUUUUAUGUGGACAUUUCUAAUGCUCCUUGCUAAUGCCAUUAACAGUUUUACUGGCAUUUUUUUUUUUAAGUUUGUAAUGGUAAAAGCUUUAAUUGCUCUGUUAAAAAAAAUAGAGAAAGUUAAUACCUGUAAAGUUACCGAAAAAGAUGUAAAUGAGCUAGUGAAACAAAGGACUAUCUGGAUUUAAGCAUUUCAGCUUACUGAGGCAAGGUGUUUUAUGCUGUCCUGUAAAUUUUUUUUCAAGGGACAAAUCCCCAUUAUAUAAACAUGUGGUCUUCACGAGAACAAUAAAAUAUGGUAAAUUUCAUAUUGAGAAAUCUUGUAAAUUAGGCACUCGCUACCUCUGUCUUGUACUUGGAAACUUUUCAUUUAUGUGUUUCAGAUGUUUGUAUUGCUGCUUGCACGUCAUUUUUUUUUUCUUUUUUUUAUCGUUGUAUUGGUCUUGCAAGUUCUACUGUGUUUUUAAAUGAACUGUUGCUCAUUGCUCAUUUAUAGCUCACAUUUGUAAUUUCUUUAACAAAUAGGUGGCAACUGAUUGAAUUCAAGCAAUCUUAUAAGGAAAGAAUAAAGCUAUUGAUGGUGAAA